ACAGAGUGUAUAAACUGAACUGAUUGGUGUAUGAUACAAGGCGAUGUGUACAUAAACGAGGAACAAAGUCACCUUGAAGAAGGUGAAAUCCAAAUUUGUAUCCAACAAGAAAACGACGACUGUGAAUUUGUUGUGUGGUUACUGAUAUUAGGCAAUCUGUAUCUAAUUUUGUCAUCUUACAGGGUUACUGUAUAACAAUGGGGAAGGAAGAAGAGACGGGUAAUAUGGCACUAAUGGACAGGCCAGCCAAUGGUUUCGUGUCCACCACUCGGCCAGAUGGAAAGACCACUGAGGUGAAGACCAAUUCUGGAAAGACCACUGAAGAGAAGACGAAUUGUGUAAAACCGAAGAGAUUAACAAAACUCAAGAAUCUGUUGGACGAUAAGAUGUUUGUUGAUGUCUUACAUAAGAAAUGCAUUGAGGAGGUUACAUGUACCCCAGAGCGGUGUAUGGGAUCGCAGUACGCCCACAUGACGAAGCGCCCUCCCGGCGUACCGCGACCCAAGGAGGAACUGAUCGUCCACGCAAAGGACUUCAUAGACCAGUACUACCAGUCGAUCAAAAAGCUAAACGCUCCAGCUCACUUGGAACGAAUGGAGGAAGUGCUGUCAUCAAUCGAAUCUACUGGCACGUACGACCUGACAGCAAGCGAGUUGACGUUUGGAGUCAAGACAGGAUGGAGAAACGCACCAAGGUGCAUUGGUCGAAUCCACUGGUCGAAAUUACAGAUGUUUGAUGCUCGACAUGUAACGACCGCCAAGGAAAUGUUUGAUGCUCUGUGUAAACAGAUCAUAUACGCGACAAACAACGGGAAAGUAAGGUCUUCUAUUACCAUUUUCCCCCAGAGAACAGAUCCAAGGGAAGAUUACCGAUUUUGGAAUACACACGUGAUUCAAUACGCUGGAUAUCGUCAGCCUGAUGGCAGUGUUAUUGGUGAUCCCAUGAACUGUGAAUUCACAGAGGUGUGUAUCGAGAUGGGCUGGAAGGCUAAAGGAGGAAUGUUUGACAUUUUACCGAUCGUCAUAUCAGCUAGAGGUCACGACCCAGAGAUGUUUGAGGUUCCGGCAGAACUGCUUCUGGAAGUCCCCCUUAAACACCCUAAGUAUCCUUGGUUUUCUGAACUUGGCUACAAGUGGUCCAGUGUGCCUAUUCUCACCUCCUUUCUGUUUGACUGUGGUGGAAUCGAGUUCACGGCGUGUCCUUUUAAUGGCUGGUUUAUGGAGGCGGAAAUUGCCAGAGAUUUGUGUGAUCCCAACCGUUACAACAUCACAGAGACUGUCGCUCAGAUGAUGGGAGUUGACACACAGAGCCCAUUGUCGCUGUGGAAGGACCAGGCCUUCCUAGAAGUGAACAUUGCUGUUUUACACAGUUACCAGGAUGCGGGGAUCUAUAUCACAGAUCACCAUUCUGUGUCGGACUCGUUCAUCAAACACCUGGAAAACGAACAGCGGCUGCGCGGAGGGUGUCCCGCUGAUUGGGUGUGGGUCGUUCCACCAAUCGGUGGAAGUCUUACACAGGUGUUUCAUCAGGAAAUGAUUCGCUACAAUCUGAAACCGUCGUAUGAAUACCAGGUAGCCCCGUGGAAGAUGGGUGUUGACAAAGACCGUGGAAAAUCAAACCGACGAAACCUACACUUCAAAACCGUUGUCAAAGCAGUCCGGUUCGGCAUCAAGCUGAUGAACACAGUUCUUACAAGACGAGUCAAAUGUCUCGUCCUUUACGCAACCGAGACUGGAACCUCAGAACGUUUUGCCAGAACCACUUGUGAUAUAUUCAAGCAUGCUUUUAGGGCCAAGGUGAUGUGUAUGGAUGAAUAUGACGUCACUCAGCUUGAAAACGAGGCCCUGGUUCUGAUCGUGAGCAGUACGUUUGGAAGCGGCGAGUCCCCGGAACAGGGAAUGAUCUUUUCAAAACACCUGACCACACUACGCAAUGAGUACGAAAGGCUCAGAUCCGGUAAUGACGGCCCAUUGGGAAACGUUAGAUUCUCGGUGUUUGCGCUUGGUUCUACAGCCUAUUUGCGGUGUAAUUUCUGCGCAUUCGGUCGUUUCCUUGACAACGUGCUUCAUGACUUAGGGGCAGGGAGGAUCAUUCCAGUGGGAGAGGGCGACCAGCUCUAUGGUCAAGAGGAGUCGUUCAGAAACUGGGCGCAAGACGUGUUCAAGACGGCAUGUGACGCCUUCGGUCUGACUGAAACCAUAGACAUGGCGGCCGCAGUAGGCGCCUUGGUGAAAGCCGACGUUAUCUGGUCGGCUUCCACAUUCAGAACAACAGCGCUGGAAGAGAAGGAGAUGGACGUGUGGACAGGCCUGUCCAAACUACACUCCAAAUCUAUUGUUCCUUGUAAACUGGUGGAAAGAAUCCAGCUACAGAGCGCCGAGUCUUCACGACAGACGAUUCUUGUAAAGCUGGAUAAUGAAGGGGCAGUCGAGUUGCUCUACCAGCCUGGCGACCAUGUCGGGAUCUACCCAACCAACUCACCAGACUUGGUCGAUGCUAUACUGGCACGUCUGGAUGAUGCGCCACCGCCGACCCAAGUGAUCCAAGUGGAAUUACUACAAGAAACGAUAAUGCCAUCAGGGUCGAUCAAAACCUGGAAAAAGACUGGCAAAAUGCCAAGAUGCAGUCUCAGAACAGCAUUGAGGCAUUAUUUGGACAUAACCACGCCCCCAUCACAAUCAUUUCUCAAACUAUUGGCUACCCAAGCGUCACGUGAUGACGAUCGAGAAGUUCUCGAACAACUUUCUACCGUGUCUCAGCUGUAUGAAGACUGGAAGCACGAGAAGACCCCAAACCUGCUGGAUGUCCUGGACGAGUUCCCCUCAGUGAAGGUUCCGCCGUCGUUGAUCAUGACUCAACUUCCAUUCCUACAGCAGCGUCUUUACAGCAUCAGUUCAUCUCCUCUGAUUACCCCUGACCAGAUACACGCCACCAUAGCUGUAGUAGAAUACGGCGCGCCAGGUCGUAACAGCUGUACCCGUGAAGGUGUGUGUUCUGGCUGGUUAAACAGCUGUCAGAUUGGAGAAAUCGUCCCGUGCACAGUACGAACAGAGUCUGGCUUCAGAAUGCCGGAUGAUAUGACACUGCCGAUUUUUGCCGUGAGUGCAGGGGCAGGGAUAGCACCGUUUAGAAGUUUCUGGCAGCAAAGAAAAAUUAACAAGGAGAUGCUGCUCGCAAAGUCUGCAGAUGGAAAGUCCUGGGGAGAAAUGAACUUAUUUUUUGGCUGUCGGAACCCAGCAGAAGACUUUCUGUUUGAGUCAGAAUUAAGGCAGAUGAAAGCAGAGUCCAUUCUUACAGGUGGCUAUAUUGCCUUUUCUAGAAUGCAGGGAAAACGCAAGGUGUAUGUUCAGGAUAUACUCCUGCAAAUGUCAGCUGCUGUGUACACUGGUAUCGUCAACAGGGGAGGACAUCUGUACGUGUGUGGAGGGACUGAAAUGGCGUCUGACGUCAAUGACGCCUUGGAGAAAAUUCUACAGAAGGAAGGUGGCAUGUCACUUGACGCUGCGAAGAAAUACAUCCAGGAUCUUCAAAAUGACAAUCGAUACCACAGAGAUAUUUUUGGUGCUAAAGUUCAGCGUUAUUUGAAAACAGAUGUGAAGUUAGAAAAAGCUCUGAAGCCAAAAUCAUCACAGAAAACAGCAACAGAUCCCGUGAACCCAGCAGCAACUAAUCCUGGAAAAACACCAGAAACAAAUUCUGUAAAAACACCUGAAAGAUAUCCUGUAAUAAGAACAGAAGAAUAUGCUGUAUUAACACCACAAAAAUAUCCUGUAAUAACACCACAAAGAUACCCUGUAAAGACGCCAGAAGCAAACCACAGCGGACAAGGUAGUUGGGGAAACCCAGAAGAAAAGCCUGAAGAAACAAAACGAAAGAAUAAGAAGACGUCAUCGCGAUGUUCUAUCAUUUAAAAUAGUUGGCUUUGUUCAAAGAACUAUUGACAAUCAGCACAUGUAUCAAAUGAUAUUCAAGGGAUAAAAAAUAUCACAUUAUAUAACGCAUGCAAACAACCAUAUAAGCAUACAUAUAUCCGUGUCGUACUCGGCUUAAUUAACACGUCGGCAUUUUACAAUGACAGAUCAAAACGAUUUUAAAUCAUAACAAUAUAUAUGAGUUUUACUGAGAGAAGAAUUAGACUUAUUUGAUGUUGUUUGUUAAAUGCCAAAUGUGGCCACAGCCACAGACGUUAAGUGAAAAACUGUUUCUAAGAGUAACUUCCAGACGUGUCAGUCCAGUUACCGCCAGAUGUGUACCAGUUGUCGGACUGUGUACUUUAAUUACGACUGCCUGGAUAGCAUGGUGGACCUCUCUAAGCAUUUUACUGUUUUUGUUUUGAAAUUGUGUAUGUAUUAAAGGCAUACUGUCACGGAUUUAAGGAUCUUAUUUCUCCAAAAGUAGAUAAUAAAUGCAAAUUACAUCAAUGUUUGGAAACCAAAUCUGGCUAUUGAAUCACCUUAACUAAACCAUGAUGGAGUGAAAUCCAUGUCAGUCAUCUUAGCAAUAUUAAUUUUUAAAUUACGGACCAUUGCCAUAAUUCAAUUUUAUUUUUACAAAAUAUCAUUAAUACGUGGAGUAUGCUGGUUACAUAGAUUGUUGAAUAAAGUACAUUUAAGGACAAAUCAAAUAUACAUGUUUAACGUAAUACUUUGUUAGGCCAUUUAAUAUGUCAGUGGCCUGUGACAGUAUGCCUUUAAUUCUAUGUUAAGGCUAACAAACAUAUAUAUCGUAUGUAAAAUACGGUGCCAUGUUAUGCUAAUCAUAAAACUCUUAAUAUAAUAUAAUAUAAUAUAAUUAUAUUAUAUUAUAUUAUAUCAUAUCAUAUCAUAUCAUAUAAUAUCAUAUAAUAUGAAUAUAAUAUAAUAUGUAUAUAUUUAUGUAUUUUUAUAAAUUAAAACUACAUUCAUUUUGAAUGUCAUACCUGACUAUUGUCUUGCCCAAAUUGUUUUAAUUGAAGCACGAUGGAGAUAAUUCUAUGUCAACACUCUCGGUAAUUUCCAGUUAUAAAUCUUGAAACUCUUGCAUGAGAAGUCCAGCGAUCUCGGAACCGGUUUAAUGUCCCUUAACCGUAUGUCCGACGCCAUAUAACCGUAAAUAAAAUGUGUUGAGUGCGUCGUUAAAUAAACCAUUUCCUUCGGUUUAAUGUCUUGCCACGGGCGAGAUAGCCAGUGGGUAGGUGUAAGACCAUUCACCCUCUUCUCUCUCAUUAACCACUAACAACUAACCCACUGUUCUGGACAGACAAUCCAGAUAGCUGAGGUGUGUGCUCAGAACAGCGUGCUUCAACCUUAA